CACCAUAAUAUCGCCAGCCAUUUUACAUCUGCCUGGUCGGUCUUCUUGGAUAGAGAUACAUUUUCGCAAGUUAGAGAUACAUUUAAAUCAUUUAAAAGUGGCACUUUCUUGUUUACAAGAAAACAAGUGAUAAAUAUCCAUUAUCAUUAAGAAAUUUUAUACAAAAUCAUAAACGAAUCAAAUAAUUAACAAAAAAACGAGCGAGAUAAUACAUCAAACGAAACCCCAAUACACUAAACGAUCCAAGAGAAAAAAACACAAUCUUCCAUUACGGGGUGUGGUUAAAGACAAGUGUACAAAAACAAAAAUUACAUUCUAUGCGAAAAAAUUUUUAUACGUUUUUUUUUGGAAAAAAAUAAGUAAUUUUUUUGUAAUCAAGUCAAAAAGAAAUUAUAAAACCAUACAGCAGCAAAAAAAUACCAAAAGAAUGGAAAGGUGUUGUUUUAUCAAAACGACGUGUAUGGAAUUAAUUAGUUAUUGAAGAAGGCAAGCAGGUAGCGUAGUCAGGCAAGAGACGGCGACGACGACGACGGUUAAGGAAGACGACACAUAGAACGAGCCAACGUUUCUUCUUUUUUAUGCAAAUGAACUCAUUCUAAACAAAACACGAAGAAAAAAGAAGAAAAUAAAAAGAAGAGUGUUGCUGUUGUCGGCGGCUGUAGUGGAGUAGGAGGAGGUGGCAGAUGAUUGUUGGUAUCAUCAUUGUGGGUCAUUGUAUUAGUUAGUUUUUUUGUUGUUGAGUUUAAAGAUUCCCAUUCCAUUUGAUGCAAUGAAGAAGAAGAGUUCUUUGAUAAUCCACGAAUUUGUGUUGGCAUUUGAAGUGAUCGUUUAAAAGAUUUGUUGCUUUUGCCGGAAUCUCAUUAGGAAACAAAGCAAAAGCAAAUAAACAAAAUAACAACAACAGCAACACAAAAAGCCGCAUAAAACAACGAAAAUACUAAAUGCAAAAACAAAAGUAACACAACAUAUUUUGAUUAGUGCAGCAGCUGUCACAGACAUGUCACGACUUGCUGAUUAUUUUGUUAUUGUCGGCUAUGAUAGUGAAAAAGAUCGAACUGCUACCGAAAAUAGUCUACUAACAUGUGGCAAGAUUAUACAACGCUUUCCCGAAAAAGAUUGGCCGGAUACACCCUUCAUAGAAGGCAUAGAAUGGUUUUGUCAACCAUUAGGCUGGAAUUUAUCUUAUGAGAAACAGGAGCCGAAAUUUUUCACUUCCGUUCUGACCGAUAUUGACGCAAACAAACACUAUUGUGCCUGUUUAAGUUUCCACGAGACCCUAGCCAUAACGCUUAACAAAAAAGUCGUCGACGAUGAGGACGAAACGAUUGCCAAUCCACCAACAAAAUAUCAAAAUUCCUCACCGUUAAACAAUUCGAAUUUAUCAACAAAUAAUGGUUUGAAUUGUGGCAUUAUUUCAACAUCGACAACAUCCACAUCACUGAUAUCACAUCAUAGUGUUAUGUAUGCGCCGAAAUGUUUGGUUUUAAUAUCACGUCUCGAUUGUGCCGAAACAUUUAAAAAUUGUCUGGGCACCAUCUACACGGUGUAUGUGGAAAAUUUACCAUAUGCCUUGGAAACGCUGAUUGGUAAUAUAUUAGGAUGUAUACAAGUACCGCCGGCGGGAGGACCUCAAGUUCGUUUUUCGAUUGGGGCAAGUGAUAAGCAAUCGUUGCAGCCACCCCAGUCAUCAUCGUUGCCCAUAACCGGAACAUCGGUGAAUUUUUUGUUUAAACAAUUGGGCAUUAAAAAUGUCCUCAUACUACUUUGUGCAGUUAUGACUGAAAAUAAAAUACUCUUUCAUUCGAAAUCCUACUCCCACCUAACGGAUAGUUGUAAAGCUCUGGUUGCUCUCAUGUAUCCAUUUCGUUAUACCCAUGUAUAUAUACCGAUAUUACCGGCACCGCUCUCCGAGGUCCUGUCAACACCGACACCAUUCAUUAUGGGCAUACAUAGUUCGUUGCAAUCGGAAAUCAAUGAAUUACUCGAUGUUAUUGUUGUCGAUUUGGAUGGUGGGCUAGUGACAAUACCACCAACAUUGACACCACCCGUACCCGUGCUGCCCUCACCGUUGUGGGAACAAACUCAAGAAUUACUAACAAUGAUAUUAUUUCCAAAUCUUUCACAAGCUGAUUUGGCAUUUCCAUCGCAAGAGAAACCAACAAAUUAUCCCAAGACCGAGGCAAUAAUUGACAAGGAGUUAAGGGCAAUAUUUAUGCGUCUUUUCGCUCAGCUACUGCAGGGAUACCGUUCAUGUCUCACCCUCAUACGUAUACAUCCCAAGCCGGUGAUAACAUUUCAUAAGGCUGGCUUUUUGGGGGCCAGAGAUCUGAUUGAAAGUGAGUUUUUGUUUCGUGUCUUGGAUAGCAUGUUCUUUACCACCUUUGUCAAUGAACGUGGCCCUCCCUGGAGGCCCUCUGAUGCAUGGGAUGAAUUGUAUAGCACCAUGAAUGAGUUGCUUAAAUCGGAGGCAAACAAUAAAAGUCUGCUGCACAUACACAUUGCCGAGUUGGGUAAAGUUUUGUAUGAAAACGAAAAUCCAAGUCAGCAAAUGUAUGUACAGAAAGUGCUGCGGCCUCCCGAGGGUGCCUCACAUCGCAUCCAUCAGCCAGCCUUCCCUCGCCUAAAUCCCGAAAAAGUUGAGAUGAUAAUUAACGAUGGCAUAAGGAAAAAUUGCCUACAACCUCGCCUGACAUCACAGCGCAAUCAAAAUCGCAUAAUACCCAUGGGACCUCGCCUACCCGAAGUUUUAGACAUAAGACCAAAUCUAUUGAACUCAGCCCGACGUUUGGAGGUUUUAAAAACCUGUGUAGCAUAUAUUUUUGAAAACAAAAUUGCCGAUGCCCGUAAAUUGGUGCCGGCCGUUACGCGUACCCUUAAACAUCGUGAUGCCCGUUUGAUAUUUUGCCGUGAGCUAUUUGGUUAUGUGCGCGGCAAUAAGGCCGUACUGGAUCAUCAACAAUUCGAUUUGGUUAUAAAUUUCAUGAAUAAAACAUUACAAAACUCCACGGGUAUUGAUGAGUACACUGUGGCCGCUGCCCUGCUGCCCAUGUCCACGAUAUUUUGUCGAAAACUCUCUACGGGCAUCAUACAAUUUGCCUACACCAGUAUUCAGGAUCAUAGCAUUUGGAAAAAUUUACAAUUUUGGGAGUCGACAUUCUAUCAGGAUGUUCAGACUCACAUCAAGGCCUUGUACAUGCAACAUCGUAGGGCAAAUGAAAACAACAAAGAAUCGAAUUGUGUGCUCGAUGAUGUGCCACUGGAGGAGCCAACUGCUUUGGAAAUUACCGCAGAACAAAUGCGUAAAGCACCCACCAUUGAAGAGGAGAAGAAAAAGGAAUUGGCUCAAUCGGAAGAGUCGACGCUGUACAGUCAGGCGAUACAUUAUUCGAAUAGAAUGGUGUCCCUACUCAUACCGCCCAAUGUCAAUGCUGUGGGACCGAAGCCAAAGCAAACGUUUCGUUUUGACGAUAAUCAAAGUGUGUCCAACAGUAUUAUGGGCUCCGCCAGUGAACACUCCGAUGAGGGUUUCGAAGAAAACGACGCCUCUGAGGUGGGUGUGGCUGUGGGAAAAAUCGUUUCACGUUUUAUUGAUCGAGUCUGCACGGAGGGUGGUGUCACAUCGGAUCACAUACGCAACCUUCACGAUAUGGUACCUGGUGUGGUGCAUAUGCAUAUUGAAUCUCUGGAAUCGGUGUACUUGGAAUCGAAACGUCAUCCUCAUGUACAGAAACCAAAAAUCCAAACACCCUGCCUAUUGCCUGGGGAGGAAAUUGUUACCGAUCAUUUGAGAUGUUUCCUAAUGGUCGAUGGACGAGAAGAUGAUACCCAGUGUUUGAUACCCGCCGAGGGAGCAUUAUUCCUUACCAAUUAUCGCAUCAUUUUCAAGGGUAAUCCCUGUGAUCCCUUGGCCUGUGAACAGACAAUAAUUCGAGCAUUUCCCAUUUCUUCGUUGCUGAAGGAAAAGAAAAUAUCCGUCUUGUAUUUGGCCCAUUUGGAUCAAACAUUGCCGGAAGGAUUGCAAUUGAGAUCAAGUACUUUCCAGUUAAUGAAAGUGGCCUUUGAUACCGAAGUAACCCCGGAAAUGAUUGAAACUUUUAGGAAGAUAUUGAACAAGGCCCGUCAUCCCAUUGAUGAAUUUGAACAUUUUGCCUUCCAAUCAUAUGGCACUAUUAUACAUGGCACUGUUCCGCUAAAGGCCAAGGAGAAAUAUUCCACAUUAAAGGGUUUCGCCAAGAAGACCUUGAUGCGCACGGCCAAAAAGGCGGGAUUGAAACAAAAAUUCACCACCACCAAACGCAAGUUGGUAACAUCGGCCGUGGAUUUUGAUACAAUGGUAGCCUCGGUGGAUGCCUUGGAAACACAUUCCCAAAACGAUGAACUGGAGGAUGAUGAAUUUGAGGUGAAUAAUGAGACCUUGCCACGCAUUGCCACCGCCAAGGAUAUUGAACGUAUGCGUGAACGUAACUAUGUGCGGGACUGGAAACGUUUGGGUUUCGAAGAUGCCCACAAUGGUUUCCGUACAACGGCGGUGAAUUCCAAUUACAGUAUGUGUCGCUCAUAUCCGGCCAUAUUUGUGGCUCCUCUACAGGUACAUGAUGCCGCCUUAACCCAUCUGGGUCGUUGUUAUAAAAAUCAACGCAUACCGGUAGCUACUUGGCGUCAUCGCAACGGUGCCCUUCUAGUACGGGGAGCUUUGCCCCAUAGUAAAUCUGUGAUAGGCAUGCUUAAGAACAGUACCACAGGCUCGAAUAACACCUCCAAUGAUGUGGCCCACUAUCAUGAACAGGAUAAAUAUUUUAUGGCUUUGAUUAAUACCAUGCCCAAGCCGAAUAUUUCGCUGGCCCAUUACAAUUUGACGGGCAUGAAUUUGUCAAUGAAUUCAUUGCUUUUGAACACCUCGGCAGUGGAUGAUUUGCAUUAUUUGAAUACCUCUCUAACGCCGGAGGUGAGUAGGAAAAAUAAAUCGGCCAUGUCGGGACAUGAUGUUGGCGGCGGCGGUGGUGGCAAACAAAAAAGUGGUACCAUUAAAAAUUCCUCAGCAGUAUCGAAUAGUGCCUCAGCCUAUAGGAAGAUACGUCUCUAUGUUUUGGGCGAGAAAUCCCAAACAAAAUCCAGUGUUAAUGCCGAUUUGGGAGCCGAGUUUAUACCAGUGGAUUAUCCCGAUAUUCGGCACUCGCGCAUUGCUUUUAAAAAGCUCAUGCGCGCAUGUCUUCCCUCGAACAUUACCAAUGAAACGGAUCAAACAUUUGCCAAGAACAUUGAACAGUCAGAUUGGUUGCAACAAAUCUCCUCGCUGCUACAACUUUCAGGAGCUGUGGUGGAUCUAAUCGAUUUGCAAGAGGCUAGUGUUAUGCUGUCGCUGGAAGAUGGCUGGGAUAUCACGGCCCAAAUAUCUGCCUUGGCCCAAUUGUGUUUGGAUCCCUAUUAUCGUACCAUAGAUGGUUUCCGAGUGUUGGUGGAAAAAGAAUGGAUUGCAUUUGGUCAUCGCUUUGCCCAUCGCAGCCAUUUGAAACCCUCCCACAAUAGUUCAAAUAUUGCAUUUGCUCCAACAUUCUUACAAUUCCUCGACGGAGUCUAUCAGAUACACAAACAAUUCCCCAUGGCAUUUGAGUUCAAUGAGUUCUAUAUACGCUUUCUGGCCUAUCACACGGUGUCGUGUCGUUUUCGCACAUUCCUGUUCGAUUGUGAGGUGGAACGUUUUGAUAUGGGCAUAACAGCGGUGGAGGAUAAACGUGGAUCCCUGUCGACCAGUAAACAUUUGCUAAGUAAUAAAUGUAACAAUGGUUCGGAUGAUGAGUCUGGGGUCUAUCCUGUGGAUAUACGUAGCAAAACUUUGGUAAACUGCAAUCGCAUUGGCCAUUCCAUAUUCGAUUAUAUUGAAAGGCAACACUCCAAAUCGCAAAUUUUCUACAAUUUCAUCUACUACCUGCACGAUGAUGUUUUGCGGCCACAAAGCUGUGCUGCAGCCUUGGAUCUGUGGCCUUACUAUACCCACGAAGAGUUGGCUCAGGGACCACCAUAUGAUCUGGAAGUAACAAGUGCCGAUGAUGAAUUAGAUUUAUCCGAACUGAAAGGUAAACGUAUUGUCAUUUCUGCCGGCUAUGACAAUAUAGAGAAAACAGAUCCCAACACCUUUGUUUGCCUGCUGAGCGAGGUAAAACAAGCUGAAACGGAACGUGGCCAUUUGCCACAAAAAUGGCAACAAGUUUGGACUAGUCUUGAUGUACCACAAAUCGAGCGAAUCGAACGUAAAUCUUCCCUGAAUAGCCUUUUCUAUCAGGGCAAGUUGCAACACAAACGUUCCACCUUGGAGAUAAUUAUGAAGGGACGCCUGUCCGGCAACCAGGAGAAAUUCUUCCAUCCGCAUCGUUUUGAAAAACAUCCCUAUACCACACCCACCAAUUGUAAUCAUUGCACAAAACUCUUAUGGGGCCCUGUGGGCUAUCGCUGCAUGGAUUGCGGCAAUUCCUAUCACGAACGUUGUACUGAGCUAUCGCUGAAAAAUUGCACAAAAUAUAAGGCCGUCGAGGGUGUGGUGCCGCCCAAUGUCAAUAUAUCACAGGGCGAUACGGCGAGCAUAGCCUCGAGUGCGGCAACCACGGCACGAACAUCAUCACAUCAUUUUUAUAAUCAAUUCAGCAGUAAUGUGGCCGAGAAUCGUACACAUGAGGGACAUCUUUAUAAACGCGGUGCCUUGUUAAAGAAUUGGAAACAACGUUGGUUUGUUUUGGAUUCCAUCAAACAUCAAUUGCGUUAUUAUGAUUCGGUUGAGGACUCAACAUGUAAAGGAGUUAUAGAUUUGGCAGAAGUUCAAAGUGUUACGGCCGCACAACCUACACAGAUCGGCACAAAACGUGUAGAUGAAAAAGGAUUUUUCGAUUUGAAAACCUCUCGGCGAACCUACAAUCUGUAUGCCAUGAAUGCAAAUCUGGCCCAGGAGUGGAUAGAAAAAAUUCAGGCUUGCUUGCAGUAGAGGCAGAUAUAUAUGGGGAAAAGUAUAUCAUCAUCUACACACUCACACACACAUCCACUACCAUCUCUCUAUAAAUCUAUAUUUAAUAACAAAUGGAAAACUGAAUGUCGUAGAAAAAAAUAUUUAGUCAAGUAUUUAUACAAAAAAAAAAAAUUGAAAAAAAAAGAAUUUUGUUACUUUUUGUUUACAAAUUUAAAAAAACAAAUUGUUUGCCUUUUCUACAAAAACAAAAAAAAAAACCAACAAAACAAAAACUAUUGUGUAUAAUUUACAACAAAAACGCAAAGCAUUUUUCAAAAUUGCAAUAACGCAAUAAAUGUAUGUAUUUAUAAUUUAAUUAUUUUAAAAUUAGUAAUAAAUAGAGUGAGUUGUUCAAUGUUAAACUUUUUUUUGAAAAUCCAAUUUUUUUCUCGAAAAUUCUAUUGAAUGAUUUGCCUCUACUUAGGUUUUGUUUUCAAUGCGAUUCUAGUUUUAGAAUUUAUGUAUAUUAUUAAUAAAAAAAAUAACAAUUAAGUUUAUAGAAGAGCACAUGUUGGACUACUAGGAUUUUUUAUUUGUUUCUGCAACAAUUAAGCUAUAGUUUUUGUUAUAACCUGAAAAAGCUUACCUUGAAAAGAAUAAAAUAAUAAAAAAUACAA